CCAGCUAUCCGCCGUCCGUAGCAACGUUCGUCCGUUGGUUGGAAAUCAGAUAUUUCCAUAACAGGUAUGUGGAGUAUGUGGAGUAUGUAGAGUACAUACAUGAGAUCGUCCACGCUGGGGGUUGUUCACUCCUACUUUGGGACAUUGGGACAUUUCGGAUUAUCAAGCAAUCCGUCGAGCACGCCAACGAUCCGUCCAGCGCGCAAGCACGCACGCCAAUGACGUGCCCAGUAGUGCCCAUCCCGCCCCGCCCCCGCCCUGCUUGAGCUCGGGGCGGGAUGAGGCGGGAUGGGAUGGGAACGGCUAUAUAUCCCCACCAUCGCCCCCCGCAUCCCACAGAACUCAAUGCCCAUACUCCGCGCACCUCCGCCCUUUCAUCACCAGCACCCAAACCCGCACCCCCACCCCCUUCCCCUCCACCACCGCCGCCAUGUCCACCCCCGACAUCACGCUGUACACAGCGCAAACGCCUAACGGCAUCAAGGUCUCAAUCCUGUUGGAGGAGCUCGGGCUGCCGUACAAGACAGUCGCCAUCGACAUGUCGGCGAACACGCAGAAGGAGCCGUGGUUCCUAGCGAUCAACCCUAACGGGCGGAUCCCGGCGAUCACCGACGGCGCGCGCAACGUCUUCGAGAGCGGCGCUAUACUGCAGUAUCUCGUUGAUACGUAUGAUACCGAGAGGAGGAUUAGCUAUCCGCAUGGGACGGAUGAGUAUUGGGAGGUUGUGCAGUGGUUGUUUUUCCAGAACGCCGGCGUCGGCCCGAUGCAGGGCCAGGCAAACCACUUCUUCCGGUACGCGCCGGAAAAGAUCCCGUACGGGAUUGCACGUUACCAGGCGGAGACGCGGCGGCUGUACAGCGUCCUCGAGACGCGGCUCGCAGCCAGCAAGUCCGGGUUUCUCGUUGGCGACCGGCUCACUAUUGCCGAUAUCACUACGUAUGGGUGGGUUCGCAGCGCGGGGUGGGCGGGUGUGGAGAUUGAGGAUUUCCCGAGUCUGAAGAGGUGGGAGGAGACGCUGGAGAAGAGGGAGGCGUUUAGGAAGGGCGGUGAUGUCCCUGUGCCGAGUAAGAUCAAGGAGUUGAUUAAGGAUAAGGCUAGGGCGGAGGAGGAGGAGAAGAAGGCGAGGGGCUGGAUUGUGCCGGAGCAGAAGUAGGGGGGGUUAUGUGUACUCGUGUUGAAUAGUAGCAUGAGGCAAUGAAUACGGGCCUCAGGUCGUCAAGAACGGAAGAAGGAUGGGAAAUAGGAACAGUGCAGAAUCACACAUCACACUCGGUGUGCCAUAUAACUAUUCG